AUGUUAGUUUUUGAGAUUCGUGUCAAAUGGGGAAAGGAGAAAUAUGAUGGUGUCGAUCUAAAUACAGCAGAAUCACCAAUGACAUUUAAAAUGCAACUCUUCUCUUUAACUGGGGUCCCUCCCGAUCGUCAAAAAGUCAUGAUAGGUGGUGUUACUAUUGGCAACGAAGACUGGAGUAAAGCGACAAAUAAAAUAAAACAAAAUUGUAUAUUUAUGUUAAUGGGAUCUGCUGAGGAACUACCUAUUGAACCGAAAGAGCGUCCAAAAUUUAUUGAAGAUAUGACAGAAGAAGAAGCAGCAUCAGCAUUAGAUUUACCUAAUGGACUCCGUAACCUUGGUAACACCUGUUAUAUGAAUGCCACAGUACAAUGUUUAAGAGCUGUACCAGAACUUAAAGAACAGCUUGAUGAUUUUACAAUUAUAGGGAGCAGUAGCGAUAUGCCUCAUACCGCACAACAGUUAGCAUCUCGAGUUGAGUUCAAGACAACAUAUAAAUGUUUAGAAAGUGAAGAUGAGAUGGAAACCACAGAAAAUAGAGAAAGAUUUCAAGUAUCAUGUUUUAUUGAGCAAGAAGUUAAAUACUUACAUACUGGAAUACUAAAGGGAUUACAAGGUACAUUAGAGAAACAAUCUGUUUCUUUAGGAAGAGAUACUUUGUAUCAAAAAAACUCAAAAAUAUCACGACUACCAGCGUAUCUUACAAUACAAUAUGUUAGAUUCUUUUAUGGAAGAUCAGGAGAAUCUGAAGAGAAUGUGUCAAAGAAAAUAUUAAAAGAUGUCAAGUUUCCUUUGUCACUGGACAUGUUUGAAUUUUGUGAAAAUGAACUUCAAAAAAAAUUAUUACCUGUUCGAGGAAAAAAUUUUAAAGACAUAGAAGAUCAGAAAAUGGUCACUGAGGGACCAGCAGCUGUCAAGCAACAACAACAACAAUUACCAGUCAAAUAUGAAUCUUAUAGCUUUUCUGAUGAUCCUGGAAGUAACAAUAGUGGAUAUUAUGAUUUAAUUGCUGUCUUGACUCAUCAAGGGCGGAGCUCAUCUUCUGGGCAUUAUAUAGGAUGGGUUAAACGAAAACAAGGUGAAUGGUUUAAAUAUGAUGAUGAUGAUGUUUCCAUGGUAACUGAUGAUGAAAUCAAAAAAUUAUCAGGCGGAGUUUUCUCCGGCAAAAGAGACAGCAGCAGUAGUGGACCCCCCACUCUCCAGAACAUGUUGCAAAGAGACCUCACCUAA